CAAUUGCAAUGUAUUCAUACAAUUCAUACAGACAGAGCGCCCCGGUGUAAUCGAAAAAUCUCAUACAAAACAAGUAAAAUACAGUUAAUAUAAUUACUGUGGAAAACCUCAAAGGAAAUCAGCAUUCAUUAAUAUUCACUGCAAAAUAUUUAAAGCUUAGGAAAAGCGCAGUAAUAUAUUUAGUACCAACCUGCUUCAAUGGCCCAUAUGCCCCAUAUGUAUUAUAAGUUCGAAGGAAAAGGGGUCUUAUUACAAGGCGAAAACAAAAUAUAUGAAAAACCUGAUUUUAAGCCUCAGUAUUUGGAAACCAACAAUACAAAAGCAGCAAUACUCAAUGCGAUCAUAGAAAUUAGAACACUAUGGGAAUAUGUCAUAAAUAAUGCGUUCCACAAUUAUUCCCAAAUGUACUCUCGAUUGAAAUAUCCAUUAUUGUACCAGGAAAGGGAAAUGUGCCAAAAGCACAGUGAGAAUUUUGCCGUGUAUGAUAAGAUAACAGAAGAGUGGCUCGUCACUCAAAGCGAACCACCAUAUCAAUUAUGUUACGACGGAAAAGACUUCAUAGAUUUUUCAGUAGCUAAAAAUGACAAAAAGAUCCCCAGGUUUUUACUUGUGGGAAAAUUUACAAAAAUGAUGCAAGAGCCGAACUUAGUGACGAAAACUUUUACUUAUCGAGCAUAUGUUCCUGAAUUGGUAGUGCCGACUAUUAAGCUGAUCGUUGGCGUGCCCGGUUGCGGGAAGACAAGAUACAUUAUCAAAAACCACAACCCGGGCAGCCUCGUGCUCACAUCCGGUAAAGAGGCAGCCGAAGACAUCCGCAAGCGUAUGGCCGAAAAUAACGGUGUACCGCAGUCGCAAUACAGCCGGUCGUACCGGACGAUCGACUCCUACUUAAUAAACAAACGCGAGCCGUAUACCGACGUGUGGGUGGACGAGGCGCUCAUGGAGCACCCCGGGAAACUGUUCCUCGUGUGCCUCUUCAGCCGCUGCCGGAACUUAUACUUGCUGGGCGACCCCAACCAGCUCGGAUAUAUCAAUAGAACUGACGUAACUUUACUAUACGACAAGUCUUCCAUGUUCUUCAAGCCGGCCGAGACCUUGAACGUUUCUUACCGAUGCCCCGUCGACGUAAUGGCGAUCCUGUCUAUAAAGUGUGACUACGAGGGCCGCGUGUAUUCAGCGUCUAAUGUUCUGCGUAGUUUAAAAUGUAAAACUUUUACGUCGCUUAAUAACGUACCGAGAUCGGAAGAUACAAAAUACUUGGUGUUUAAGCAGGCGGAGAAGAAGGUAAUGAAGGAAGCUGGGUAUGACGUGUCGACCGUGCACGAGUUCCAGGGCAAGGAGGCGGGACAUGUAGUGAUAGUGAAGAUGUCUCACAACUCGCGGGAGGGCGCGAGUGAGUCGCCGCGACACCUGGUGGUGGCGCUGUCGCGACACAGGGACUCGCUCGUGUACUACUCGCCGGUCAGAGACACCCUGACAAAACUCAUGUCAACUCAAGUAACGGACGAGGAGCUCAGAAGUCAUCAAAAGUCGUUGUGGUCGUAUCUCACACCUGUAGUGGAAAGUAUCCAUAUAAUAAGUGGAGCGGGCCGAAUUGCUUAUCAUUGUGGCUGUGUUGUGUAUUUCUGGUUUUUAACUAUUAUUGUUUCAAUUCUUUGGUUUAAGAAUGAUCGAAGUAUACGUAACAACAAUAGGAAUUAUAGAAAUUAGUGUUUAGAUAACUAAUAUACAUACUAAAUAAAUCUAAUACUUAUUCAUUUAAUUCAACCUAAAUAUCAAUAUGUUAUUUAUAUCAAACACCAACUAUUGAUAGUGCACGUACCAGCAGUGUACGGAGUAUACUAAUCAAAUUUUAAGAACGAUUUUAUUAUAGGUUUUUUUACUUUACACUAAUGACUAAACUAUUCAGGAGCAUUCCAUGGGGUGACCGUGUCCCGUAGAAACGCAACCAUUUUGCAGAAAUUAGCGUAUAUGAAUCGUAGACUUUACUAACUAUUCACUAAUCAUUUGUCACACACAUAUGAAAAACGAUAUACCUUUCUCCAUCAGCAUAAUAAUAAAGAAACUUAUAGAUCAGCGCAUCCUGGGUUCUCUUCCAGAAGUUGAUUCUUUAGGUGAGAUUUUUUAUAUUUAGUUUUAGCUUUAAUUUAUUUUUGUUGUGUAAUGUUAAUUUGUUAUACAGGGUGCCCGGUAAUUAAUGGACAACCUUUUAUCCACCAAGAGGGCACCUUAU